CCGCGCUAAUGCGGAAGUGGCGAGCGCGGGGGGUGCCGGGAUCAGGGCGGCUGUCGCGGAUCGCGAUCGGCUCCGAUCGAUCCCGAUUGAUCCCGAUUGAUCCCCAUCGAUCCUGAUUGAUCCCCAUCGAUCCUGAUUGAUCCCCAUCGAUCCCCGGCCCUCCCCGCCGCGAUGUUCUUCACCUGCGGCCCCAACGAGGCCAUGGUGGUGUCGGGUUUCUGCCGCAGCCCCCCGGUGAUGGUGGCCGGGGGCCGGGUGUUGGUGAUCCCGUGCCUGCAGAAGAUCCAGCGGAUCUCCCUGAACACGCUGACGCUGCCCGUGCGCAGUGAGAAGGUUUACACCCGCCACGGGGUGCCCAUCUCCGUCACCGGCAUCGCACAGGUGAAGAUCCAGGGGCAGAACAAGGAGAUGCUCGCAGCCGCCUGCCAGAUGUUCCUGGGCAAGUCAGAGAGUGAGAUCGGCCAGAUCGCCCUGGAGACGCUGGAGGGUCACCAACGUGCCAUCAUGGCCCACAUGACCGUGGAGGAGAUCUACAAGGACCGGCAGAAGUUCUCGGAUCAGGUUUUCCGCGUGGCCUCGUCAGAUCUGGUGAACAUGGGCAUUUCUGUGGUCAGCUACACCCUCAAGGACGUGCACGAUGAGCAGGAUUACCUGCGCUCCCUCGGGAAGGGCCGCACGGCGCAGGUGCAGCGCGACGCCCGCGUGGGAGAGGCUGAGGCCAAACGCGAUGCUGGGAUCCGCGAGGCGCGAGCGCGGCAGGAGCAGGUGUCAGCGCAGCUGCUGAGCGAGGAGGCCACGGCGCGAGCCCAGCGCGACUUCCAGGUGGCCCAGGCUGAGUGCGAUGGAGCCGUCAGCGCCCGCAGGGCCACGGCUGAGCUGGCCUUCCAGCUGCAGGCAGCGCGUUCCCAGCAGGCCAUCGCGGCGCAGCGUGGGGAGGUGGCUCUGGUGGAGCGGGCGCAGCGGGUGCAGCUGCAGGAGCAGGAGGUCGGGCGGCGCCGCCAGGAGCUCGAGGCCACCGUGCGCAAACCGGCCGAGGCCGAGCGCUACCGGCUGGAGCGGCUGGCCGAGGCACAACGGACACAGGUGCUGCUGCAGGCAGAGGCUGAGGCCGAGACCCUCAAGGUGACAGGCGCUGCCCGUGCCGCGGCCGUGGCCUCUCGUGCCCGCGCUGAGGCUGCGGCGGCUGCAGCCAAGGCCGAGGCCUUUGGGCAGUUCCAGGACGCGGCCGUGGUGGAUCUGGUGCUGCAGAGGCUGCCCCAGGUAGCGGAGGCGGUGGCGCAGCCGCUGCUGGGGACGCGCCGGGUGACGCUCGUGGGCGGCUCCGGGGCCGUCGGGGUGGCCAAAAUCCCCUCGGAAAUCCUGGACUUGGUCACGCGGCUGCCGGGGGCCGUGGGGGCGCUGGCCAGGGGCUCCCAGGUGACCCCGACGGAGCCCGAGGGUGGCACCGGAGCCACUGAAACCUCUCAAAAUUCCCCCAAAGUGUCCCUGAGUGCCACCCCCCAGUGACACCAAUGUGUCCCCAAGUGCCACCACCCCCCCAGAGCCACUGGGACCCCGCUGUGUCCCCAAAGUGCCACCCAAGUGCCACCAGCCCCUGAUGCCACUGCUUCCCAAAGUGCCACCGGUGGCUCCUGAGGCCACCAAGGUGCCACCGACCCCCAAGUCCCUUUGUCCCCAGAGUGCCACCAUGCCUUGCAUGUCCCCAAAGUGCCACUGCUGCAGUGUCAGCAUGUCCCCAAAUGUCAUCAUGUCCCCCAAGUGUCCCUGUGGUGCCACUGUCCCAACGUGCCACCUUGUCUCCUAGCUGUCCCAGAAGUGCCACCACCCUCCGGUGUCGCUUUGUCCCUUAAGUGCCAUGCCCAAAUGUCAUCAUGUCCUUGAAAUGUCCCCAAGGUGCCCAAGGUGCCACCACCCCCUGUGGUGUCCCACAAGUGCCACCCCUGAAUGUCAGCACGUUCUCUAAGUGUCCCCACAGUGCCACCACUACCCCUAUGUCCUCUGUGUCCCCAGAGUGCCACCACUGCACUGUCACCCUGUCCCAAGUGUCCCCAAGGUGCCACCUUGUCCCUGAAGUGCUAGGUCACAGCAGUGCUAGGUCAAUAGUGUCCCUAUGGUGCCACCACCCUGUGUCCAGAAAUUGCCAGUACCCCAAGUG